AUGGUCCUGGCUGUGGUGACAGGCGGCCUUAUCGGGCUAGCAGCGCUCUAUCUAUACCAUGUCAACCGCGCAAUGAAAAUAGUACCCGAAGAAGUGCAGAGACUAUCUCCUCAUCGCUGGACGACGGACGAAAUCAAAGCUGCUUACCAGGAAAGCAUCGAGAGUCCCAUCGACGUGUCCAAGGUCCUGCCACCGAAACAGUCGCGACGCUAUGUGAUUGUGGGUGGUUCUGGUCUUGUCGGGAACUGGAUCGUCUCGCAUAUGCUUGCGCGCGGCGAGGACCCGACUGCUCUGCGUGUGCUGGACCUCCAGGAACCGCCGAAUCAAGACGUGGGAUUCAUCAAAACCAACAUCACCGACGAACUUGCUGUCACUACGGCUUUUGAAGCGCCCUGGCCAGCCGCCGUCGCAAAGCUACCCUUGACUGUCUUCCACACUGCGGCUGCCAUUCGCCCUUCAGAGCGUCUCAGGACCUUUUUGCCUAUGUGCCAAAAGGUCAACGUCGACGGUACCAAGAAUGUCCUCAACGCCGCAAAGAACGCUGGCGCCAGCUGCUUUGUCUCGACCUCAUCGGGUUCCGUCAGUCUCCACCGGCCUUCGUUCUGGAUUGCUCCAUGGAAGAAAGUGCCCGACAAUCUUGUGCAGAUCAUGAGAAACGACGCAAAAGUGCCGCAGGAGCACGAUGACUUCUUUGGCAACUACGCCGUGUCCAAGGCCGAGGCGGAGCAAUUCGUGUGCUCUGCAGACAACCCAGCAUCGAACUUCCGGACUGGCUGCAUCCGGCCGGCGAACGGUGUCUAUGGCGUUGGAAGCGAUUCAAGCAAUACUUUCACCGGACAGUAUCUGCGCAGCGGGGGCGGCCCGACAUGGGUUCGCCACAUCAUUCACAGCCAGGUCAACGCCGAGAAUGUCUCAAUCGCCCACCUGCUGUACGAGCAACGACUUCUCGAACAAAGCCAGCCAAACUCCAAACUGCCCAACAUCGGCGGCCAAGCCUUUGUCGUCACUGACCCCAACCCGCCCGUCGCCUUCAGCGACAUCUAUAUGCUUCUGGAAAGCCGUGCGAAGACGCCUGUCUCUUUCACGACAGUGGAACCAAUGGCCAUGUUUUUGCUUUCGUAUCUUGUCGAAGCCUACGCGGUUGUGCAGUACAGCUAUUUGCCAUGGCUACUCCCGGCUAUUCCAAAGGAUUUGUAUCAGCUGCAGCCCACGCUGUUCAAUAUCUCGGACGUCUUUUGCAUUGCGGAUGAUUCACUCGCGAAGAAGGCGCCUGAGCAGGGAGGGCUUGGAUAUCAGCCCCCGUUUACGACGAUCCAAGGACUAUGCAAGGAGGUUUUGGAAUGGAAUCGCGCUGCGGAGAAGAAGCGGGUUUCUGUUAAGGAGAAGAUUGGACCGCUUUCUGUUUCGGAGGAAGGGGUUGAUAUUAAUCUUGGUUCGCCGGAGCAGAAGCUUUGA